GUUUUAAACUAUCCUUUGCAGCCUCUUUGUCCGAUCAUCUUCUCCUUUCCCCCCUCUCUCUCCUUCUACUUCCUAGUUUUGUUGAAUCGUUUUCUGCUUUCUCUAACCAGAAAAAUGGCGGAAUCAAAGAAGAAGUUAACUUACGAAGAAUGCCGAUUGAAGAGAAUCGAAGAGAACAAGAAGAGAUGGCAAGAGCUGAAGCUAACUAUGCUCGCUGAAGAUGUUCACAACGCUACGAGCCCUAAGCCCUCUCCUAUGAAGAAGGUGAAGCCGACGGUUAGGCAGGAGGUUGAUCGCUCUGCUGUGAGAAGGUCCAAUCGUGUUGCGGAUAAGCCUCCUCCUAACUAUAAAGAAGUUCUUAUUGAACCUUUGGGACGACCAAGGAGCUACAAGCGAAAAGAUUUGUUAAAUCGCGUCUAUGCUGCAGAUGAAGAUAGGCAGUAUGCUAUAGGAAGAGCAGAGCAGUUGCAAUCAGAGUCUGAUGCUGAUUUCCCAAGUUUUGUGAAACCUAUGCUGCAAUCACAUGUAACUGGUGGGUUUUGGCUGGGUCUUCCUGUUCAUUUUUGCAAGACACAUCUCCCUAAACACGACGAAUAUGUUACCUUGGUUGAUGAGAAUGGAGAUGAAUUUCAAACAAAAUACCUUGCGUUGAAGACGGGCCUGAGUGGUGGAUGGAGGGGGUUUGCCCUUGAUCAUGAAUUAGUUGAUGGUGAUGCACUAGUUUUUCAGUUGGUUGCGCCAACAAGAUUUAAGGUUUACAUCAUAAGGGUUAAUCAAGCGGAAGAUUAGGAGACAAAAGAUAAUGAAAUGAUCAAGUAAGCAAUUUCAUCUCAAGAGAUUUUUGCUGUAGAAUUUUACGUUUUGCAGUGUAGGGUAACUACAGGACUUGCAUCGCGAGCGAAUAGGAAUCCACAUUUUAAUCCGCUUUGACAAAUUCCCUUUGAUGAUUGAUCGGAAACUGUGUGCCAAAUCAUAUAAGAAAAAAGUACCAUUUCUUAUGCCAGGAAGUUAGCUGAGAUCUCCAUGUCUGGUUCAAAGUAACGUCAACCGAUGAUUGAUAGGCCAUUCCCUCUCUAUCUGUGUCUUGUUCCAUCAUGCGCCCAAUCUGUUAUUACUGACUCAUUCGAAGGCAUAGAUUCUCCAUUUCUGUGUUAUUAGCGCUGGAGCUCUCUGAAUCAUGCUGGAUACUAUCCUCAUCCUCUUUGAUUUAAGUUGUUUAUCUGUCCUCAACAUUCACACCUAGAAGAGCUAAAAUCUAUUUCAUGAUGAGGAAGAGAAACUCCUCAUUCUUAAAUGAUAUUGGGUACUAAUGCUUUUUUUCCCGUGUGAUUGGCAGGGAACAAAAAUGCCAUACACCUGAGUGUAGCUUUUGGGAUCACCCUUCUCUCGUUGUAGAUAUCUAAAUUAUUUAGGAACCUGGAGCAAGCAUCACUGUAAUUAUUAUUGCUGCUUGAGUACUCCUUUGACAUUAUAACUUAGUACUAAUGCCGAAAAUCAACCAUGCCACUCGUAUGGUGCAAUAGUUUUUGUUCAUCCUGGAGCUUUAACUUUUAGAUUACAGGCUGUAUUUAGUCCUAGUUAUUAUUUAUCUAGG